AUGGCUCUCUGGCUCCAAACAGCUGCUCUGCUUGUGGUGGUGGCUCUGUCGACCACAAGCACCGAUGCCGUCACCGCCCAACACCUGUGCGGGUCGCACCUGGUGGACGCACUCUACCUGGUGUGCGCAGAUGAGGGCUUCGUCUUCAAUCCUAAGAGAGCUGUGGACCCCCUACAGGGGUUCCUGCCUCCAAAAUCUGGCCAGGAGAACGAGGUGGGAGAGACCAUCGUCUCGAGGAGGGGGGUUAUGGGAGAUGGAAUUGUGCAGCAGUGCUGCCACAAGCCCUGCAGCAUCUUCGAGCUUCAAAAGUACUGUAGCUCGUUCCACAACUGA